AUGCCCACCUUCAGAGGUGAAAAGUUUUUGGUCGUUCGAUUUACUGUAAACGAAGUGGAGGCAUUGUAUGAGCUGUUCAAGAAGUUAAGUAGUUCCAUCAUUGAUGAUGGAUUGAUUCAUAAAGAAGAGCUUCAGCUAGCACUGUUUAGAACUCCUUGUCGUGAAAAUCUUUUCUUGGACAGGGUGUUUGAUCUUUUUGAUGAGAAAAGAAAUGGAGUUAUUGAGUUUGAAGAAUUUAUCCAUGCACUGAACAUAUUCCAUCCUUAUGCUCCAUUGGAAGAGAAAAUAGAUUUUGUGUUCAAGCUUUACGAUCUGCGACAAACUGGGUUCAUAGAGCGUGAGGAAGUAAGUGCUCAUUUAGGCGACUUCAUUCUUAUACAGAUACAAAUUAACUAUUGA